CCAUUGUGGAGUAUUUUGAUACGAGAUAAAUUAUCUUCUGUUGCUAGGAUACGAUACGUGUUCUAUAAUUAAUGAGGGGGAGAUUAAAACUAAAUUUAAAAGCUUUGCCCAAAACUAAUCAAAAAUUUAAACUAUUUUAUAUGUUCGAAGGUAGUUUUCUCCUAAAAAUAUUGUAGCCUGGAAGGAAAUAAGUGACGUUGUUCGUUGUCAUGUAUUUUUAUGGUAAAGUCUUUCAUUUAUUUCAUUUAUUAUAAAUUUUUGUAUUUUGUUGCUUCGGACAUAAUCGUAAGCCGUCGGAAUACUUCGGAAAAACGUAAGUUUCAAUAUGGCGGCAAUUUGAAAUGUUUUAAAUAAUGAAAUGGUGGACGUUUUACCAGCUAGAAAAUCUUGGAUUUCACCAGUGAAGCGAAAAGCAAAUGAAAAGGGAUCAUCAGUGGUUUCAUUUAGCUAGGCAUGGCGACAGAGACAGCUAAUAGGAGCCAUAUUGGAUUCCGUGGGCCAUCUUCCUUUCCCCUUGGCAAACACCAUCAGAAUCCUGACCCCUCGAUCUAUGCAAACCAACUGAAAUUCAACCUCCAUUCAUCAUAUUCAGUCAACUCCCUAGCAUCAAAUUUUCAAAAACCACAGCCUUUGGUUGUGGAGAAGCUAUCAGGUUUCCCACCAUCCAGCCACCCUGGCGUACAACUGGGGGGAUCGAUACCCUCAUCCCCGGCAUCUUCUGUGGCAAGCGAACGCUUGCAUCUUGCUGUGCAGCUGGCCAAGGUGGAUGCGAAGAAAAUAUGGAGGCAACAGAAGGAAUUAGCAGAGUUGGACAAGUGGAAUGAAGUGGAAGAAGAAGUAGGAUUGGAUAAAAGAAAAGUGAAGCCGACUAAAAGUGUGAGGAGUUCAAAUCAGAACCAAGGAAAGCCCAAUGUGGGUUAUGUUCAAUAUAAAAGUAAGAAAGAUGGUGUUGUGAGAAGACGUGAAUAUCAUACCUCACCAGGCUCUGAACAAGAUGUGUCCAUUGCAAAACCAGGCAUUGAUUCUGAGGAAAAGCAGACGCGUGAAGUCAGACGGUUGGAGAGACAAAUACAGAACUAUUUGCAGAGACUUGAUGGCCUCAUUCACAAGGGUCAGGAGGUUAUUCAGAAGAAAGAUAAGAGACUUCAUGUAAGACGGGAUGAUAAGGAUGACUUGAGUCAUUUAUCUGAUGAAGACACUGACCCUCGUCAAUACAAAAGAGCAGAAGAGCAAGCAACAAGAUCUGCCAGGGUUCUCUAUGUCAUUGAGAAACAGAUUCACGAACUGGAAGAUGAAAUACGGAAGAAAGGAAGAAAUAUGAAACAGACAAGAAAGAGUCAAACCUUGGCACGUCUAGCAGCGGCCCAGCGUGCCACAGUUCGAGCAUUACGUAUGCUUAUCAACAGUGCCCCACUACAACCCAAAAAAUCCCAACAUUACUCUUCAAUCUAUCAAGCAUUGACCUCACUUAUCCAACAAUUAUCAUUAUUGGCAAUCCAAAUUGAGGACGGUGGUGACCCUGAUAAGAUGCGGCAGGGCACAGGAUAUCAUAUCAAGGAACGCAAUGAUCCAAGUGGUUCAUCUCGUAAGCAAAAGUUCAGCACAAUUCAAGCACAGGCGAAAUCCAGGAGUGCGUUUCUCCAGGAACCAGCAGAGCGAGAUCCUGGUGUACCUUUGCCUCACCAUCGCGGUCCACAACCAACAUACCGUUCGUUAGUGAACGAAACUCUUCCAGAUGAUUCAACAUUGACCACAGAUGCUUCCCCGGAACGCGAUGCAACGCUGAAAGCUGGUUUGGAGGCGUUGUUGAGAGCGAAAGAACUUGAAAAGAAAAGCGCAAAACCUGUGAUGAAGACACGAAGUCAUCCACCCAACGCAAAAAAGACCGCUUUGCUCUUACCCCCGCGACUCCAGGUUAAACGACAGAAAGCUUAUUCAGCCGUUCAAAAAACAGUCAGGUUUCCCAACGAGACUGCGCAUUUCACGAAGGAGACGACAGCAUCGCGCUUGAAAAGAGUCGAAAGACAGAAAACAGCGGCGAAGCGGGAGCUAAGGGGACAAAUGAGAGAUGAAGAGAAAGCUGAAGGUGGUGCUAGCCGUCCAGCGGUUUCACGUGAAGCAGAUAGAAGGUCUGGGGAUGAACAUAGUGAGGUUGAUCAUCGUUUACAAGAACGAGAGAUACAGAGACAGCUCUGGCUCGAAGAUGAAUCACGAAGAAAACUACGCGAGGUGAUGGAAAUCCCUGAAAGUUUAGUAUCACAAGCCGAGAAAGCAAUCAAGAUGAAACUACAACCGCUGUUAGAUCAAGCUCAGGCAGUAGUUGAAAACUCCAAAACCAAACCUGUUCAAGAACGUUUUGCAAAUAUUGCAUCAGAAGUGACUAUGAAAGAAAACGAGGUCCUAUCAGAAAUGAUCCUGGAUGAUUUACUUUCUGAUACGGCUCAUGAAUUGCAGAGAUUGGAGAGAAUUGAUGAAAUUGAUGGUCAGAUCUCGUAUGUCCAAGAUAGUUCAACUUUGGAAAAUAUUUUACAACGACUGGAACAUUUCGAGAAAGAAGAGGAGAGCAUAAGACGACGUUUAAAUCAUGUUACAUACACAGACACAUAUGCAACAACAAAACGAAGACCCCAUGAUGACGAAAGGGAACAUGUCUUCACAAAAGACGUAGCCGAACAGGUCGCAACUACGAAUCCUGGUAUUUCAAACAGCACCAGACAUUCAACGGUUGUUAGGAAACCAGGGGACAGACAUCCGGUGUCUUUAUUCCUGCCGCCCAAUGUCCGGGAAAGCAUAUUCUCGUAUCAAGAAAGAUUCUCAGAAUAUCUAAAGCAAACGAAUUCCGAGGGUUUAUUCGAUCCAUGGCAACUGGUUGAAAGGCUUAGCGAUGAUAUUUUGGAUGAAAUGAUUUCCGAAGUCGCCAAUGAAUUCUCCGGAGCUUGUGAUAACGUCGUUGAAAUGAUAUUUCAGUCAGAAUUCAUGAAAGAAUAGAUCCGUUUAGAACUGAAGACGCAUUACUGUAAUACCAGGCAGGGUCUGCACUUCUUUGUGCUUAUCUGAGGAUGAAGAUUUCAGGAUAUCUUGGUAUAUAAGAAUUUAUUAGCUAAUAAAGUUGUUUAAAACAUUUGUACAGUUAUAUUUAUUAAAUUAAACCUUUUCUCUGAAAAUUAAAAAGGGAAAAAUGCAAAUUCUUUGAACAGAGAACAAGAACUCGUUUCCAGUCCUUUCACGUUAUUCAAAAAAUGCUGCAAAAAAUGGUGGUCGUGUAAUAUAAAAUUUUGGCGAAUUACUUUAAAAAUUUGUAGAUUUUUGUAGGGUUUCGCGUGGCUGGAAUGCUGGGUUGGUAUUGAAUAUGAAUUUUAUGAAAUAUGUGGCGCGGAGAGGUACCUUAUGAGUUUAGCUAUGGUUCAGAAAAUGUACAUAAUUUUGUACAUCAAGUUGACGAAGAAAAUUUUAAUUUGUGUUCCGACGAUAUGGGACUACAUGUCGUGAAUGAUUUGCAACCGUUUACUACAGAACCAUCAUUGAAUUAUUUUCCAAAUCAGAUUCUUAAUGGUCAAACACCAAAUGAUUCCUCUCAAGUCAUGGAGACAUCCUACAGACUUCAUAAUAACAUCAUCUCAAGUCAUGAGCUGUAUGGAGUAUGUGACUUGGGUCAUGCAGGAAACGUUUAUACAAAUAUUCAACCACAAAUUCAAGGUGGUGUUGAUAUUGGUGAAAAUAAUGGAAUGAAUGUACCAUUCUGGAGGUCCACAGCAAUGAAAAGAAAGGCAGAAGAAGAUUACAGUUCAUUCUACGCUGGAGCAAAACGGCAAAUCACCGAUGAACAUAUGGCAGCAGGAAUGAACAGUCUUUGUAUUACAAAUGAUCACAAUUAUUGUAGUAAUGUGGCAAUGUUCAAUCCAGAUAAUGACCUCAAUAUGCAGUUCAGUGCAAUAUCAGAUCAAAUGCAAAAUAAUGAUGAUGAACCGGGUGAAAGCAAAGAGCAUCCGGUUUUCCAUUUCGUUGCCCCAGUAGAAGAAAUGUUGAAGAAACAAAAUGACAUCCUUCCAUCCGAAAUUCUGCAAGAAAUAUGCAAGCCGUGUUUAGCUGUGGUACCAUGGUCACCACCAUUACACAGUGACUCGCAGAUAUCAAAAGAAAAUCGGA